CCAAAAAGGUAUUCAAGAUCUAGUCACGUGCUCUGCCGUAACGGAGAUUUAUUUUAGUUUUUAAGCGUUCAAUUGUCAAAUUUUGAUAGAAUGUUUUGCUUUUUGAUGUUAGACUUUGCGUACCAUCACCAACUUAUGGUAGCAGAAUUCUCCUCUUAUGCUAAUGCAAAUGUUGCACUUGGAUUGGCUGGGCUUUUAUAUACUAUCACCCAAUAGUGUGCGGUGGCUGAAUAAUUGUAUGGCGACAUUUGAAUGCAAUUUGGCAAUUACAUUCAAGUAGGAAAGUUAAGUGUACGAGGGCAUUUUUUACACACAAAAGAUCUCUCAGGUAAGAGGGUUGCCCCCCUGCAGCUACUAUCGAAUUCAAAUAUUGUUUCUUUUCUUUUCUCUUUUCAAUACAACACAGGAGCAACUGGACAUCCGGGGCCUAAAGGUGACCCAGGGGAUUCGAUAUCUGCUCCAGAAGUGAUUGUAUCGCCUACCUCACUGACUGUAACUCAGAACCAGACUGCCACGUUUUACUGCUCAGCUGAUGGUAAUCCAAAGCCUAGCGUAUCCUGGAGUAAAACAAGUGGAACAGGACUAGUGAAUACGGACGGUCAAGGCAAUAAGCUACAGAUCAAGAGUGCUGGCUACAAUGACUCGGGGAGUUACGUUUGCACAGCUACAAAUGUCUUGGGACAAGCUAAAAAGGUGGUGAAACUUUUCGUGGAAGUUCCUCCAGAGUUUACUAAGAUACCUGAUAGACUGACAAAGGUUGCUGAGAAUUCAGUAGCUUCGAUUUCCUGCCGAGCGCUCGGUUUUCCGCCACCAAAAAUUGUUUGGUCGCGAGGACUUGUACCGUUACCGCAAGGACGAACCACUGUUACCAAUGGUACAUUGAAUAUCUCCAACUUUAGUCCUCAAGACGUUGGUCCGUAUCAAUGUAAGGCGACCAACAAGCUGGGAUUUGUUACUGCACUGACAACUUUACGUUACGUUAAGCAAGAUUUGUGGAAGAGCUCAGCUAUAAUAGCUGGUAAUUCAUUUCAUCAAAGUCACCUCAAUCAGUUCCUGGCGCCUGCUGUUGGAAUGAACCCUCAGUGGGUGCUGUGUUAUCGCGCCUCCACUCACGGCUGGACUGGCAGUACCUUUCACAGCAGGUGUAAUGGUAAACGUGACACGGUUACCAUCAUCAAAAGUCAACAGUACGUGUUUGGAGGAUACACUGAUAUGCCUUGGGAUCCGAUUGGUUUGUAUGGUAGUUAUGCUUCCACUUCCAAUGCGUUCAUAUUUUCACUGCGCAACAAAGAAGGUGUGGCUCCAUUUAAGAGCACGGUGACGAACCCAUCAAAUGCAAUUUACAAACGCUCAAGCUAUGGUCCAACAUUUGGUGCAGGGCAUGACAUCUUCAUUUUUAGAAAUGCAAAUGGGAACUCUGCCUCAUACACAAACUUUGGCUACUCCUUCUCCGUCCCAAGUGGUGUAAAAAACAAGAUGACAAUCCUGGCUGGGUUUUACAACUUUACACCUGACGAGGUGGAGGUGCUUUAUCUUGGCUGAAGCUGUGUCGUCCUAUGAUCAGUUCUUUCAGAAAUGCCUUUCAGAGGGCUUAUUGUUACUUUUUUAUUCGCUUUAUGUUUCUCUCACUUAAUCUGUAAACUUGUCCACCAUACUCUGACCGGAUGUAACACGUGUCUGAUUGUUAAUUGGUAGACUCGUGUUGGUUCAUUUGUUCAGUAGUCAGGUUUCAAAACUUUGUAGCAGAGCAAGUCAAAUGAUAGAUCACGAAUUUCAGAGUUAAAGGAAGAGUCCGAUCCUGGUUUAGCGAUUAUCGAACGAUCUCUUUCCCAAUUUAUUACUAAUAUUCCUUAACCAAAUGUCAAAUAAAUUGGACAG